GAAGCAGUGGCCGAAGCUUCUAUCAUUUCCUUCUUUGUUAAAUUCUCUCAGCUGUUGAACAUCAUAAAAAUCUUUAAACAGCAUCCAAAGAGAAGUCUGAUGAGUUGGAAGUUUUAAAAAAAGAUUUCUCAUUUCAAGUGUUCCUCCCAUUGUGUUUCGUAAACUUUCAGAAAUCAAUUAUAAACACAAAAAACCGAAAUGAUUGUGCGGGAGGCUGUAGUGUUGCUAGUUUUGGCUUUUGCUGCUUUGGCAAAGCCGAAAUCAGAAGAGAAGAAGGAUAGGGUGUUUGACCGGGAAUUGAGUGAUAAGGAACAUUUUGAAAAUGAGCAUCACAACCCUCAGUAUGACCACGAAGCGUUUUUGGGGGAAGAAGCGAAGACAUUUGAUCAGUUACCACCUGAAGAGAGCAAACGACGUUUGGGACUGAUCGUUGAUAAAAUCGACAAUAACAAGGACGGAUACAUAUCGAGAGAAGAACUCAAAGAUUGGAUUCGUUUUACUCAAAAGCGCUACAUUACUGAAGAUGUGGAUCGUCAGUGGAAGCAACACAAUCCAGAAAACGAAGAAACCAUCCCAUGGGAGCGUUACCAGAAGCUUGUUUAUGGGUUUUUGGAUAGUAUGGACCCUUCAGAGGCGGAAAAAGAUAGUGAAGGUUUUUCUUACAAACAAAUGUUGAAGAGGGACAGGAGGAGAUGGCAAGUGGCCGACCUUAAUGGAGACGAUGCUCUUACCAAAGAAGAAUUUAUGCAUUUCUUGCAUCCGGAAGAAUCCGAUCACAUGAAAGAUAUCGUGGUUCAGGAAACUAUGGAAGAUAUUGAUAAAGACAACGAUGGGAAAAUAUCACUAAAAGAGUAUAUCGGCGAUAUGUUUAAAGGGGACGAAAAUGAGGAAGAGCCGGAAUGGGUCAACAACGAAAGGGAACAAUUUAACACAUACCGUGACAAGGAUGGCGACGGCUUUAUGGAUAAUGAGGAAGUGAAAAAUUGGAUUCUCCCGCCUGAUUUCGACCACGCCGAAGCCGAAGCCCGGCACUUGAUCUUUGAAGCUGACUCAGACGCCGACGAACAAUUAACAAAAGAUGAAAUUUUGAAUAAAUACGAUUUGUUUGUAGGCUCGCAAGCAACCGAUUUUGGUGAAGCAUUGGCCCGACAUGACGAAUUUUAGUGCAAUUUUUUUCAGGAGGGCUUCAAGGGCCAGUCAUAUCUGAAGUCUUCCAAUUUUACCAAAAAAUCUCAAUAAAGAUGCUGCUUUCUCUUAUUUUAACUCUUAUUACAUGUAUUAGUUUCUUUAUCUCAUGGAUGAAGGAACGAUUAAGUGUUCUUAAUUUAGUGUGUAUGUUUAAUGUUAGUUUGUAAUACUAAAAUUUAUUGUUUAUGGAGAUUAUGUGUAGGUGUUGUAUUUAUGUGCCAUUCCGUUGGCCAAAGCAUUUACUAAUUUAAGACAAUUUCUUUAAGAAUGAGGUCGUUAGCAUCGUGUCUGGGCCUGUAGAUACUUAAUGCAAUGAAUCCUUGGUGCUCAGAUUAUUUUUAUAUUAUACAAAUUUCCCUCUAUCAAUAAAUUAUACAUUUUAUUUUA